UCCCCCUCGGGGACAGCUUAUGUGAGGAUUUUCUUUUUUAACAGUUCAUUCCGUUAAACCAUUUUUUUUCUUGUUUGCUGUUAGAAAAUGUUGGAGCUGAACACAAGGCUUUCAUUGCAGGAAGCAUGUUAUUCUUGGGCACAUGAUGUCUGCAGGAAAGAUAGUUAUUUGCUAUUUUGUCUUACUUCUUAGACUGCUAUCAAGGGAACUAAGAAAGGAUGUAGGCAUAUUGUUAAUGUCUCUCUUCAAGCUGUAUUUGAGGAGGCCAGCUUUUAUAGUGCAUCCAUAGGAAGCGUCUCCACUACAGCCUUUCACCACACAGGAGACAGACUGAGGAUGUAGGCAGCUGACAAAUGUGAAAGCAAUGAAGAGGUGUUCCGAGGUUGACAGUGCUUUUCAUAGUACACGCAUUUUCUGGGAAGGGCAUAAGAAGGGAGAUAAACAAGGGACGAUUUUGGCAAGCUGAGAAGAAGCUGUAGCAGACGAAGAUGUUCCAAAGACAAGAUCACAUCAAAAAGAUCCUCAGGCUCCAUCAGCCACCAUCUGAUCAUAUUGCAGCAACAUAGGUGUUGCCAUGAGGAUCAGGAGGUGUCCUGUCUACUUCACAGCUUAUCUUUUGGUCCUGCUGGGUAAAGACCAAAGAGAACUCGAUAUAGAGGCAGAGCACACAUUUUAAGAGAGCUGAUAAGUCAGUUCCUGCACAUACAUGCAUCUGUUUAAGAGUUGCCCAAGUCCAGAGGCCUCUGUGGCACUGCAUGGAUGUAAGAACUUUUGCAUGUAUGGGGUUAGAUUCUGCUUUUUGAGAUAUGAUGCUCCGACGAGGAUUUAUUCUAUUUCUCCCCCGACUUGUAGGCCUGCUGGUAGUGGCCUGUUGCUCAAUGUCAAUUGUUUAUAUGUUGGCUUGUACACCCAAGGGUGACAACCAGCAGCUUGCCUUGCCCAGGGUACACAGUCCGACUGUGAAGGAGGGAUAUGAAGCUGUUCUGCAAGAGCGAGAAGAGCAACACCGCAAUUACAUUGUCAGCUUGAAGAAACAAAUUGCCCAGUUGAAGGCUGAGCUCCAGGGCAGGACCGAGCAGUUUAAGAAGAUGCAGAACCAGUACCCAGAUCCCUUGGACGUUUGGCUUGACCACAGUAACCCGGAGAAGGCCCAGGCUAACCUGCUGGCUUUCCUGCGUUCCCAAGUAGACAAAGCAGAGGUGCACAGUGGUGUUAAGCUGUCCACGGAGUAUGCGGCUGUGCCCUUUGAGAGCUUUACCCUGCAGAAGGUGUAUCAGCUGGAGACGGGGCUGACACGCCACCCAGAAGAGAAACCUGUAAGGAAGGAUAAGCGAGAUGAGUUGAUAGAGGUGAUUGAAUUAGGAGUUGGGAGUUUGAACAAACCAGAGGGGGUCAGCAAUGCAAAGCACCGUGUAUACACAGCCUCCGACUUCGUUGAAGGCAUCUACCGCACAGAAAAAAAUAAAGGCACAUUGUAUGAGCUGACUUUCAAAGGAGACACAAAAGAUCAGUUUAAGAAGAUUGUUUUAUUCCGGCCAUUUGGUCCUGUAAUGAAAGUGAAAAGUGAAAAUGUCGAUAUGGCUAACACACUUAUUAACAUCAUUGUGCCAUUGGCCAAGAGAGCCAGCAAAUUUCGGCAAUUCAUGCAGAAUUUCAGGGAAAUGGGCAUUCAGCAGGAUGGGAGAAUUCACCUCACUGUAGUUUACUUUGGAAAAGAACAAAUGAAUGAAGUCAAAUCGAUACUUGAAAAUACCUCUAGGUCAGCCAACUUCAAGAACUUUACCUUCAUCCAGCUGAACGAAGAAUUUUCCAGGGGCAAAGGAUUAGACAUUGGUGCUCGAUUUUGGAAGGGAAACAAUGUUGUUCUCUUUUUUUGCGAUGUGGACAUAUACUUCACAGCUGAAUUCCUGAACUCCUGCAGGUUGAACACACAGCCAGGGAAGAAGGUGUUUUAUCCUGUUCUCUUCAGCCAGUAUAACCCCAGUAUAAUUUAUGGCCACCAUGAUUCUAUCCCCUCUUUAGAACAGCAACUGAUUAUUAAAAAAGAAACUGGAUUUUGGAGAGACUUUGGUUUUGGGAUGACUUGCCAGUACAGAUCUGAUUUUAUCAACAUAGGUGGCUUUGACCUGGACAUUAAAGGCUGGGGUGGUGAAGAUGUACAUCUGUACCGCAAAUACCUUCACAGCAACCUCAUCGUGAUCCGAACACCUGUCAGGGGUCUCUUCCAUCUGUGGCAUGAAAAGCAGUGUCUGGAUGAGCUGACCCCAGAGCAGUACAAAAUGUGCAUGCAGUCCAAGGCCAUGAACGAGGCUUCUCAUGGCCAGCUUGGGAUGCUUGUUUUCAAGCAAGAGAUUGAGACACAUCUGCACAGACAGAAAUUGAGUAGUAAGAAGACAUGAAACCAGAAAGGGAGGCCACAAGGCUCUGAAUAGGGUGUUUUUUAAAAGAGUUGCUAACCAGAAAAGAUGGAAUCAGACUGAAAGAGGACGGAAAUUUCAGCAGGAUGGCAGCAAAAGAAGAAGAGGGGAAAGUGUUUGUCCUCCCCACUUUUGUUUUUAUUCUAAUGGGGCUUUUAAGUACUCCAUUAGCCUGACUUUUCAGCACUUGCUUCUAGGGGAGACUUGAACACUUGAUGAGAUUCAAGGUCAUGUUACGGAGACAAUGAACAUUACAUAAAUGCCAGUGUGGUAUUCACAAUAACAAAUG